GCAGCCCACACUUAGCAUAGGCAGAUUUUCCGGUCGAUGGCCGACUCAUGUGGCAAUCUCGAAGGAUGGUUGCGCAAGAAGAGCCAUCACAUCGGGCUCUGGAAGCCUCGCUUCUUUCGCUUUGACGGGCGCGUGCUCCGUUACUGGAAGCAUCAGCGCCUCGCGGAGGAGAAACAGGAGCCUCGCGGCGAGAUCAGCUUGACAGGUUGCCAUGUGGCGACGGGCUGCGGCGACAGACGAUUUGUUCUCAGAGCACCUCUGGCUUCAUAUGACGAGGAGCUGGAAGCUGAGACUUGCGAGCAGAGGCAUCUGUGGGUUUGCAGUUUGAAUGCAGCCGCUCUGCAGCAGAGGCUCGACUCCAGCGCCUACCAGGUCACACCCCAGCGCCUGCUGCACGCCAAAGGCAUGUGGCAUGUGCUGCAGGAGGCGGUGAGUGCGCAUGCAGAGCUUGCGGAGGUCCUGGAUGAGGAGGCCAUGUCGGUAGAGAAGAGAGCGCUGCGCUACAUCCGUUGUGGGGGAGCCUUGCUCCAACAUUCCGGAGAAGUACAAGAGCCACGCCAGGGUCGCCUGGUGGUGGUGGGCCGAAGGGUACGUGACAGCCUGUUGCGAAGCCGGGAGGAAGGCCGCCUGGCGUAUAGCGCCGGAGCGGGAGAGGAACUUUGGCUGCUGCUGCUGAGCUCCAGGGUCAUCUCCGAGCCGGGGGAGUGUCGGGUGCUGAAAUCUGCUGCUUUGCUGGAGCCACCCAGAGAUAGUAACCUCAACUUCGAGGUCUUGUAUGCCUUCAAAGAUCCUCUGGAUGACUCGGAGCCGGUUGCCUGUCUUCCGCUACUUCAGUGUCAGGUUGGCGAUGUCACGGAAUGCAAAUACGGGAGCGGCUGGUCUCUCAACAUCUUCGAGGCUGAUGAGCAGACUGGCAUGCCAGCUGGAGCGUCCUGGCUCAUCACACUGGAAACUCGAGAGGAAUGCGAGCUCUGGCGGAAGGCGGCCAAGGCGGCGCGCUGGGCGGCUCGGGCCCAAGCCACGGGCAAGAAGCGAGCGGCGGAGGAGGCGCUGGUCUCCUACGACUGCAACCCCUCUGAAUGGUACCAGGCUUGCUCGCGACGGCUGAAGCAAGUCGCGGAGUUCGCCCCGCCACCGCCAACCUUGUCAGCUGCAAGCCGGCUUAGACAGUGGGCUUCGCCAAGGACCGGGCGUCUGCAGCUGAACCUGGAUGGUCCGGCAGGAGCGGGCUCGAUUGUCUCCACAGCCUCCUCGGUACAGGCCUCGCAGAUCUCAUGGGUCCCGACCCCCAGCAACGUGGAUGCGGCCACGGAGGCGGUGAAGCGUGUGCUGGCGGCCUGCGAGGAAGUGUGUGGAGAAGCUGAAGGACUGCUGGAAGCGGCCUUGGCAAAGCGGCCCAUGCGCCAGGAUGCUGCCGGGGCAGCCCUGCGGGGAGCUUUGAUCCCGGCGCUGAGCACUGUGGGCCGCUGCUGGACCAGGUGGAACUCGGACCUUCCCCACGCCGAAGCGCGCCGCAUUCUUCGAUUCCUGGAGGCAAGAAGGCAAUCGGCAUGCAGCCUCGGUUUCGUGUGUGCCCCCUUGAAGAAGGCCGUCUCCGGGCUCUCUGCGGAGUUGAGCCUCCGCGUAGGCGCUCAUUUGCGACGCUUCGCUGCGUCCUUGCUCACCUCGGAGCUUGGUGAGCGAUUACGGGGCCCAAGCGCUCGGGCGUCCUUUGCGCCAACUGGCGAGACGCGUGCACCGGCGCAAAGCAGCCGUGCUGUCAGUACUCUGCCUGUGGACUUCUUCACCUUUGUCAAUUCCUGUUUGCUGGAGAAAGAUCAAGAUCUGCCAGCGUGGCGACUUUGUUGCCUGCGUGUGGCGAAGUUUGUGAUCAAGGAGGUUCAGGAUUGCUUGCGUGGCUGGCUCUGGGCCACUCUGCCUGAGGUGCCACGUGAGUGGUCAUCACGUCAAGGGGACGGACUGCCAACUUUGCUGCGAAGAUGGUUUUGGGGUGUCACCAUGCUGGCCAACGCAAUGCCGGCCUUUCAGACGCAAUGCCAAGAGCUGACAGCGGCCCAUUCUUUCAAAGCACGGAAGGCCGGAGACGAAGAUACGGAGGCCGGAGCGGAGGAUUCUGGGCACAUCGCGCCCUUUCCCGAGCUUGACUGCGGAUCGCAUCCCGUGCCGCGGGAGUGGCGCUUCGAUCGGGAGGCUGCAGAUUUCGAAUCCAUCUUGGAGGCUUUUCUCUGGGCAGCGUGUGACGUGGCGCUGGGCCGUUGGCGUCGAAAGAUGUUGAACCCGGCUGGGCAAGACAGGAACGAUGGACAAGGUUCACUGGUGCCAUCGCUUAACCAGCUCUUGAGCCCGAAUCUUCAAGUGCUUCGUUCGUGGCUGGACCCGUCAUUGUUUGAGCAGCUGUUGAUCAAGACGUUCUUGGUGUGCAUGGGGUGCUACAUUGUGAAGCUCUCCUAUGGAACCUGGCUUCAGGCUAUCCGUGGCAGAGAGCAGCAGCAGAAUGAAGCGCUCUCUCAGGAGGCGGUUGCUUUGUGCAACUAUUUUGCCAGCAUGUCCAAGAAGCCCCGCGGCGCAUCCGAUGAUUGCUGCCUUUGGGAGCCUGGCAGGGUGAUAAAUGUCCUGCAUUUGGUGCUUCAACCAGGAGCUCAGCCGAGGUCGACACACCGAAGGCCCAGCGAGAUCCAGCGAGGAGCGCCGCUCCCAGCUGAAUGGAAGGGUCCCUUGGGCUUUGAGGACGCCCUCAGCAAAUUGGUCUCUGUCUUGUCUGAGGGCCCACUACCCCUUGAUGACGUCUUGACUUGGUUCACAAGUACAGGCUUGCCCGGUUCCAAGCCAUUCCAGGAGCUGCCACGGCCGGUGCCCACUGGCUGCCUGUACAUUGUGGCGGCUGAUGACGAAAGCAGGCGGCGAAGCAGCAGCCGGUCAUCAUCCAUGCUGAGCUUUGCGGGCUCUAGAUCCAAUACUCGCAGACUCUCUGGGGCGAGCUGCCCUGGCGAGGAAGAUCACUCCCCAGGGUUCGAUGCUCGCGUGCCCGGCGGCUUCAACCUCUUUGGCCAGGCAGCCAGGCGGGAGUCAAAGGAUAGCGCCUCGCUGUUGAUGAGCAGCGCAGAGGCUGCUGCCUUCGCGGCCACUGGCAGCCAGGCCGUAGGUCUGGCGUCGGAAGGUUCGGUAUGCGAGCUACGGAUUGAACAGGACGGCGCGUAUGGAGCCUUCUGCGAAGUCUCCGCGAGCCUGGAGGACGCUGCGUCGCCAGGACUCAGGUGGGAGUCCGGAUCUUCCCGACUACGCUGGGUGCAGCUGAUCAAGGCAAGCCCGCAUGGAGCCCCUCGCUUCGAGGUGACGGAAUUUCAGCCGCACGCGCUGCAGGCUGAGUCCGGCGCUAUCUCACUGCCCCUUGCGCAGCUCGACGAGGUUCAGAUGACAACGGCCACCUCCAUGUCUCUGGCCUUUCUGCGCGAGGAAGAGGGCCGACCAGUGUCUUUCCGGUACUUGCUCCAUUUCGAGUGCCCCUCCCAUGUCUUUCGCUUCCGCUUGGUCCUGCAGAGCUGGUGGGCCGCGGAGCCGAUUCGAGAAACCCAUCCGGUGGUGGCGUACAUUGCUGGCAUGGGUGGAGCUGAUGCAUCAGGAGGACCGCCCUUGCCUGACGAGCUGGAGGAAGAUGGCUGGCGCAGCCUUUCCCCACCGCUGACUUGGCAGGUGAUGGAACAGCGUCUAGGCGGCCUUUGGCGAGAGGUGCGCAAGCGCCUUGAGGCAUCUUGAUCGACUGGAAAGCAACCGAAGGGCGUGCUUUCCUGGAUACCAAUUCGGAGGUGUGGCCUUUGUGGGGCCAACAGACUCACCUUAUGCAUUAGGAACUCUUCCGCAAUGCUUGCCCUCACUGCGAAAAUGGCAAGCUGGGGCGUUAAAGCAUGAUUCUUGGUCAUGUUACUGCGCACCGUGCCCUGAAAAGAUCUAGCUAAAAUGUCUCACGCUCGGUGCGCAGGUUAUUGCAAUUUUUGCCACGCCGCAAGCCCCGCGUGCAGAAUUUCACAGCACGCAGCCCUGCGCGCACAGGAACAGUGACUG